AUGAUACCGUCCCAGCAGCCGGCCACGCACGGUCUUUGGCUACCCAACACGGAGGUCAUCCAGGAGGUGCAGCAUCCUUGUCAGCGAGCGUGCCCUGCCGCAGCCGAGCGCGGAAAAUUCGAUACUGUAUGCGUUCGGCCGCUACCUGGUCGAUCAACCGUGUGCGCGGACCCGGGGUCAGGCUUGACAGCCCACGUCACAAUUCCGGCCCUUACCGGCCCGAGCCUCAACGUGCAGCACGUCCCAGGAGCACCCUGGAGAGGGCCUUGGGGCGCCCGUCGUCGUACACCAUGGCCUUUUGUUUUGCCCUCUUGUCUCACAAACCUUCGCCUUCGGCCGUACUGGAAGAUUCAGCCCCCGUUCCGGGCCCCGAAAAGGCGACACUGCGGGGCAUUGGCAGGCACGGCACUUGACGCCCCCGUACGCCACGCGACGACGCUAGCCCACAUCUUACUCGCUGCAACCCAUAAGCAAGAUACACCUUGUACGGCCUGGGAAGCCACGCGCGAUUUGCGACAGAUCGAGCCCAACUGCAUCAUCGAACACGCGACUGUCUGGGUGUGCACUCCGAUUGUGCCAAGCCCCCGCCCUGUGCCUGCCCAAACCACCUUGAACCACGACUCUUUGUCCGACAAUUGGAUCGACGCAAAUAUAUCAGUCCUUCACCGCCCUCGUUAG